UGCCGGGUACCGCCACUGUGCGGAAAUGGCCAGGCACCUGUUGCUCGUGGCCAAUACACCGGUUCGAAACGCGGGCACAUGGGCUGGCAACCUGAUGAUCAAGUACCACCACAGGGAGUUUCCAUCAGAUGUGUUCCUGCUGCUGGCGGCCGCCAAAGCCAAGCUGAAGAUAGCCGAUGAAAAUGGAGUGGAAGACAUGGACGUGGAGAAGAUGUACGGUACCUGCAUGAAGAACAAGAUCAUCGUUUCGAUGGCUUUGCCUCCGCUGGACGAGAACAAGUUCAUAUUCAAGACGUAUAAGGUGACGCCGCGCGCCAUCAGCUCUCACGCAUACGUGAACGCCGCGUUCGUGCUGCCCCUUGACCCGGCCACCACGGAGGUCACCGAACGACCCUGCCUUCUCUUCGGUGGCAUCAGCGGCACGUUUGCGCACGCCGCCGCCACCGAGCACUACCUGACGGGCCGGCGGCUGGCCGAGCCGACCACGCUUAAGGCGGCGCUGCAGACGCUGCUGGACGAGGUGCAGCCUCAGCCGGACCCAGAGCUGGCCGACGUGGUCUACCGGCGGCGGCUGGCCGCCAGCCUGCUGUACAAGGCGGUGCUGCACGCGCUGGGGGAGCGGGUGCCGGCCCGCCUGCGGUCCGGCGCGGAGCAGCUGACGCGGCCCGGCCUCAGCGGCCGACAGCAGUUCGACACGGACCCGGCCCUCUGGCCUGUCAGCCAGGCCGUGCCCAAGCUGGAGGCGCAGGUGCAGACGUCAGGCGAGGCGGAGUUCGUGGAUGACCAGCCGACAGUCCCCGGGGAGCUGUACGGCUAUUACGUACUCAGCACGGUCGGCGACGCUCAGCUGAAGGUCGUGGACGGCUCCGCAGCCUUGGCUGUGAAAGGGGUGCACGGAUUCGUCACGGCCAAGGACUUCAUUGGCUCUAAUGAGCUCUUCACCUGCGCCAUGUUACUGAAAGGCAUGGGAAUGGACACGGACCUGCUGACACCUGAGCUGUCAGUCGCCGCCGGCGGGCGCGCCGCCCGACAUGUACACAGUCUGGGGUCUGACGGCGGUUGAGGCCGAGCUGGACGUGCUGACCGGCGAGAGUCUGUUGCACCGCGCCGACGUCAUGGAGGACGCCGGUCAGCCGCUCUCGCCGGCCGUCGACGUGGGCCAGGUGGAGGGCGCGUUCGCGUACGGCGUCGGCCUGAUGAUGACCGAGCGGUACCGCUUCCACCCGGAGACCGGCCGUCGGCUCACCAACCGUGCCUGGAAUUACUACGUUCCCACUCACAAGGACAUGCCAAGAGACUUCAGGGUCAAGCUGCUCAAGAACAACAGGAAUCCGGUCGGAAUAUUCAACUCCAAGGCCACGGGCGAGCCGGCAGUCUGCAUGAGCGUGGCCUGCCUGCUGGCGCUGCGCCAAGCCGUGGCCGAGGCGCGCCGAGAGGCCAGCCUUCACGCCUGGUUCCAGUUCGAUUCGCCAGCAACGCCCGAAAGGACGCAGAUGGCGUGCGACGUGGGGGUAGAAGAGCUCGUGCUGGCCUAGAGGGGCCGCGCCGCUCCUGCUGGCCGGGGUGUUCGCUCGACCACAGAUCAGUGAGAGGUGGAGUGACGGCGGGCGCGUCUGCACGCUAUCGGUCGCACGCGGAGAUCUCUCCCACGUCCGGAGAAUUUCAAGGCGACCGCGGGUGGUGGUGGGAGAGACCGUGAAGGGUUUACGAAGCGAGUUAUGAAAUUGAGUGCAUGUGCUGGUCUUCCUAGCUUCUAUUAGGGGUAAGUCUAUACGUAAAGGAGCCUAUGAAAAGGAUGGGAUGUCAAUUUUGAAGUUUGCUUCGGAGAGAUAUCGCUGUCCCAUGGUGCUUGGGUGCUAAUGAAUGCUUACAUUACAGUUAUAGACAUUAA